AUGAUCAGAUCAUCCGUACUAAGACUAGGAAGACGCUUCCUCAGUUCAAAGACUGCUGUGAUAACGACUCCUAUUUUCUACGUCAAUGCCAAGCCCCAUAUCGGACACUACUACUCAAUGACUCUUGCCGACGUUUACAACAGAUGGCUGAAACUGAGUGGAGAAGCAACUUUUUUCACGACGGGCACGGACGAACAUGGCCUCAAAGUCCAAACGGCAGCUGCCGCUGCUGGGAUGGAUCCAAAAACCUUUUGUGACGGACUCUCCCAAAAAUUCAGAGAGCUGGCUUCGGUAGGAAACAUACAGUACGAUAGAUUCGUUAGAACCACAGAUCCCGACCAUCUAGAGGCCGUGCAAUUUUUCUGGAAAACCCUGGAGAAGAACGGACACAUAUACAAGGGCAAACACUGUGGGUGGUACUCUGUUUCCGACGAGUGCUUCUACACAGACUCGGAGAUCGAGGAGGUGGAUGGGAAGAUGGUCGCUAGGGAGACAGGCGCAACUGUUGUGUACGAGACUGAGGAAAACUACUUCUUCCGCUUGCGCGAACACCAGCAGCGGCUCAUCCAGUUCCUGGAAGACAACCCUACAUUCGUGCAACCGGCCCUCUACUACCAAACGCUGCUUCGUGACCUGAAGUCACGUGACCUCGACGACCUGAGCAUCUCGCGGCCUAGUUCGCGGGUGAGCUGGGGCAUCAGCGUGCCUGACGAUCCGUCUCAGAAGAUGUACGUUUGGUUUGAUGCUUUGGUCAACUACUUGACCUGUAUUGGUUCCAUUGUAUUCACUGGCCGAGCUUUCUGA